AUGCAUCCUCCUCUAUCUCCAAGUGAGUUCCCCGUCAAUGAUGAGUCGCCUGCGGGCUCGCGGUACAGCGGCCUGGGUACAUUCACCUCAAUCGUCGGCUCUACUGCCCUGGCAGCUACUAGUAGUAACACGAGCUCGUUAGUGGAAUCCAUUGGCAUUCCUUUAGUUGUUGUGUUGCCCCCCUUUACUCUCCUACCGAUAAGAGGACUACAAGUACUUCCUUACAACUUGGUCCCGAAUCGAGGUAUGCGUAUCCGGAUGCCAACUGGAGAUUCGGUGAAUAUACCGAAGCACCAAUAUACGGCGACGGGUUUAAAGCUACCGGUACAACUUACCGGGCCCUGCUCCCCUUCCCCGUCCCCGAAGUUUCGACGGCCCGGGAGUCAGCCUCAGUCAGGCCAAUCUAAUGGCUUUCGAGGUCUCGGUAAUUCAUCAAAUGAGGGCAUAUACGCAACCAUCUAUAUGAUAAACUUCAACGGAUAUAAGCGUAGAGCGCGCGUGUCAAAUUACCAAGACGAGACAGAGCCGGCUUUAUCAUGGAACAGAGCCGAUCCUUGUCGACAUGAUACCGAACCUAUCCGACGACAACUAGUUCAGACCAUACCUCGGCCAAGGCACGAAGAAAGGGACAUCAUGGCACUCGACAAGAUGUUACAAUGGUCACCCUUGCAUUUCAACGACACAGAUGACGAAGAGUGUCUGAAAAUAUAUUGA